AUAUUUCAUUGAUCAUAACACAGAAGAAGAUAGGUAUUUCACCAUUGAUGCUAGUACUGGGACCAUUAAGACUGCCAAGAUCUUUGACAGAGAGGAGACACCUUGGUACAACAUCACAGUGGCUGCUUCUGAGAUAGACAAUCCUGAACUAGUGAGCCACGUUCCAGUUGGGGUUCGAAUCCUGGAUAUCAAUGACAAUCCUCCAGAGCUUGCCAGAGAUUAUGAUGUAAUCGUCUGUGAAAAUGCAAAGCCUGGUCAGGUAAUUCAGACUAUCACUGCAACUGACAAAGAUAACUCUGCAAAUGGAGCAAGAUUCCAUUUUUCUCUUGAUGAAGGGCUUUCUUUGAAUCCCAACUUUACUCUAAGGAACAAUGAAGAUAAUACAGCCAGUAUCUUGACAAGACGACGGAGAUACAGUCGAACCACUCAAGACACCUAUUACCUCCCAGUUUUGAUUUCCGAUGGUGGAGUGCCCCCUCUCAGCAGCAGCAGUACCCUCACCAUUCGGGUUUGUGCAUGCGAGAGAGAUGGACGGGUGAGAACUUGCCAUGCUGAAGCUUUCCUCUCCUCGGCUGGCUUGAGCACGGGAGCUUUAAUCGCAAUCCUACUCUGUGUUGUCAUUCUUCUUGUUUUCUCUUUAGCAAUUGUGGUCCUUUUCAUCACCUUAAGACGUAGCAAGAAGGAGCCCUUGAUCAUCUCAGAAGAAGAUGUCCGGGAAAAUGUUGUGACAUAUGAUGAUGAGGGUGGUGGAGAGGAAGACACAGAAGCCUUUGACAUCACUGCACUGCGGAAUCCAUCUGCUGCUGAAGAGCUUAAAUACCGGAGGGACGUUCGUCCUGAAGUGAAGCCUGUGUCCAGACAUCAUCUCUCCUCAAGCCUUGACAGUAUAGAUGUUCAGGAGUUCAUUAAACAAAGACUAGCAGAGGCUGAUCUGGACCCCAGUGUGCCACCGUAUGACUCCCUGCAGACAUAUGCCUACGAGGGUCAUAGAUCAGAAGCUGGAUCUAUCAGCUCUCUGGAUUCAGCCACAACACACUCUGACCAGGAUUAUAAUUACCUUGGAGACUGGGGACCUGAGUUCAAGAAGCUAGCUGAACUCUAUGGAGAAAUAGAAUCAGAAAGAACAACUUAGUUGUAAUUCCCAAAACAGAGAAGUUCCUAAACAACUGGACAUAUAAUGACAGCAACGGUAACAAAAAAAAAGUGAAUACAGUACUUGGAACUAAGUUGUAUGCAGUUACUGUAGAACAAGUGCCCUUUUCAUAUUUGAAACUGGGUUCUCCAAUUGGAAGAAAAUCAAAUUUUGAAAAAUACAGAAAAAUCUAUUGUCCCUUGUGUACUUUUUUUAAUUGCUCAAUAAAGUCUGUGGUAUCGUAUCUACAACAAUACCUACAGUAAAGCCAAGCAAUGAAAUUUUUAUUUCAAUAUGCAUAACAUCUCCAAGCUACAGUAAGUUUAUGGUCAUGUCUGUUUAAGAAGAUAGCUAAUGGAGGAGAUAAUAUCUUGCAGGUGGUUGUAAUGUUGCAUUUCUAUCUAUGCUCUAGGCCUUGUGAUCUCUGUGUGAGGUAGCCAGUGGGGUUUACUAUCAGUGUGAGAAGUGCUACCAGUCUAUUUCCUUUACAGAGGUGAUAAGACACACCUGUAGUCUUAAAUAAAUGGUCCUUUGAUGAUUUAAUCUUAUUGAAUUAGCAUUGCAUUGAGAAGCUGUCAUUUCAUAAUGUCCUUCAUAAUCCUGUCGUCCAUAACCAGCUAAGAGAUGGAGGGCAUCCUUAGCUGUAGCUCAAACAUGGCUCUAACCGCAGACCUGCUCUGCUACUACUGUGUGCUGAAGGAAAUGUUGUUUACAGUGUUGUGCUUUUUCUUUUCGUCUUUUUACGGGAACAUCAUUCAUUUAAAUAGAAUGGGCCCAAAGUGCUCUUUAUGCAGCGAAGCAGAUGAAGUGUAGGCUCUUUCGAUAAAAACAAUGGCAGCACCAUUAAACUGUGCAGUUGUUUGGUUCACUGUGCUUCACUUAAGAGCUGAAGGUUUUUGUCUUUUGCUGGUCUGAGUCCAGGAGCUACAACACUCAGUUUAAAACGUAGAGUUCUUAAUCAUAAUGUCUUUCUGUUUCUGUGUGUGACUAAAAGCAAAACUGAGCUGCUGUUAGGCCACUGGGAUAGCAAAAAUUGAAACAAAGAGAAUAAGAUGAAGAUACUUUUUUUCUUUUUAGUUCAAUCUAAUUAUAUUUAUUUAUCUUAAUUUCCACCUAAGCAGAACAGGCUUUUUCCCCCCUAUUUCAAGCAUCACAAGAACAUUUAAAGUCAGCGGAGGAAAUGUAUCAUUAUUGUGGAUCAUAUGGAUUAAAUAAGUUGGUUUCUUAUGUUAGUAACUUUAUUGCAUUGCAGAACUGCUAACCAGUUCUGCUUAACACUGCGGGCUGCUUAACAACUCAUCCAGCAGACUCUGAUUUUUUGCUUGUGU